CCGUCCGGCGUGGCGCUCAUGAACGGCAGCGGCCCCCACGAGAGCCUCAAGGGCGACAAGGACGCCCGGCAGAACGGCCACGAGGAGGCCGAGCCGGGGGAGGACAGCAACGACCAGGAGGUCAUCGUCAUUCAGGACACGGGAUUCACCGUCAAGAUCUGCGCGCCCGGCAUAGAGCCCUUUUCCCUGCAGGUGUCUCCUCAAGAGAUGGUGCAAGAAAUCCACCAAGUUUUGAUGGACCGAGAGGAUACCUGCCACCGAACCUGCUUCUCUCUGCAGCUGGAUGGCAACGUCCUCGAUAACUUUGCUGAACUGAAAACCAUAGAAGGACUGCAGGAGGGUUCAUUACUAAAAGUGGUGGAAGAGCCAUACACGGUGCGAGAGGCCAGGAUACACGUACGUCACAUUCGAGACCUUCUGAAGAGCCUUGACCCGUCAGAUGCUUUCAAUGGUGUGGACUGUAAUUCCCUGUCAUUCCUCAGUGUCUUCACUGACGGAGAUCUGGGAGAGAGUGGAAAACGAAAGAAGAAAGGUACCGAAAUGGAACAAAUUGACUGCACCCCUCCUGAACAUAUCCUGCCAGGUAGCAAAGAGAGACCCCUGUGUGCCCUUCAGCCCCAGAACAGAGACUGGAAGCCUUUGCAGUGCCUAAAGGUAUUGACGAUGAGCGGCUGGAACCCUCCGCCUGGUAACCGGAAAAUGCACGGAGAUCUCAUGUACCUGUAUGUGAUCACAGUGGAGGAUCGGCACGUCAGCAUCACUGCGUCCACCAGAGGAUUUUACUUGAAUCAGUCUACUGCAUACAACUUCAAUCCUAAACCUGCAAAUCCCAGUUUCCUAAGUCAUUCCUUGGUGGAACUACUUAACCAGAUCAGCCCUACCUUCAAAAAAAACUUCUCCGCUCUGCAGAAGAAACGGGUUCAGAGACACCCUUUUGAAAGGAUAGCCACUCCUUUCCAAGUGUACAGCUGGACGGCUCCGCAAGCAGAACACGCUAUGGACUGUGUCCGGGCAGAAGAUGCUUACACGUCUAGACUGGGCUAUGAAGAGCACAUACCUGGACAGACCAGAGACUGGAAUGAGGAGCUGCAGACUACACGAGAGCUACCACGCAAGAACCUGCCAGAGAGGCUGCUGAGAGAACGAGCCAUUUUCAAGGUCCACAGUGACUUCACUGCAGCAGCAACGAGAGGUGCCAUGGCUGUCAUUGAUGGCAACGUCAUGGCUAUCAAUCCCAGCGAGGAGACCAAGAUGCAAAUGUUCAUCUGGAACAACAUCUUUUUCAGCCUGGGCUUUGAUGUCCGUGACCACUACAAGGACUUUGGAGGAGAUGUCGCUGCUUAUGUGGCUCCUACCAAUGACCUCAAUGGUGUGCGGACCUAUAAUGCUGUGGAUGUAGAAGGGCUGUACACGCUGGGGACUGUAGUAGUGGAUUACAGAGGUUACAGGGUGACAGCUCAGUCUAUUAUUCCUGGGAUCUUGGAACGGGAGCAGGAGCAGAGCGUCAUCUAUGGGUCAAUAGACUUUGGGAAGACAGUUGUCUCGCAUCCCAAGUACUUGGAGCUGCUGGAGAAGACCAGCAGGCCACUUAAGAUCCAGAAGCACAAGGUCCUGAACGACAAGAACGAGGAAGUGGAACUGUGCUCCUCGGUGGAGUGCAAAGGCAUCAUCGGCAACGAUGGGCGUCACUACAUCCUGGACCUGCUCCGCACUUUCCCUCCAGAUCUGAACUUCCUGCCUGUUGAAGGGGAGGAAAUGCCAGAAGAAUGUAAGAAAAUGGGGUUCCCCAAGCAGCACAGGCACAAGCUUUGCUGUCUGCGGCAAGAGCUUGUUGAUGCCUUUGUAGAGCACAGAUACCUCUUAUUCAUGAAGCUGGCAGCGCUGCAGCUGAUGCAGCAGAAAGCCAACAAGCAGGAGAGCUCGGGUGCCUUGGAAAAUGGCGCCUCUCCAGAGAAUGGGACCGCAGACAGCGAGAAGUCUGAGUCGGAUGAUGGUAAAAUAGAGGAUAACGUGACUGGACUGGAGCAGGUUAAGGAGCUUGCUGAGACCAUUGCAUCUGAUGACGGCGCAGUGGAUCCCAAAAGCAGAGAAGUGAUUCGAAAUGCUUGCAAGGCUGUAGGCUCCAUCAGUGAUGCAUCAUUUGACAUUCGGUUUAACCCGGAUAUUUUCUCACCAGGUGUUCGCUUUCCUGAGUCUAGCAAAGAAGAAGUGCAGGAUCAGAAGCAGUUACUGAAGGAUGCUGCUGCGUUCCUACUGUCAUGCCAGAUUCCAGGUUUGGUCAAGGACUGCCUGGAUCACACUGUGCUCCCGAUGGAUGGGGCUACCUUGGCAGAGGCCAUGCACCAGCGGGGCAUCAACAUGCGCUACCUGGGCAAAGUGAUCAGCUUCAUCGCCAAGACUCCUGGCCAUGCUCAGCUGGAUCACAUUUAUAAAAUAGGAAUCAGUGAAUUGAUCACUCGAUCAGCGAAGCACAUCUUCAAGACAUACCUGCAGGGUGUGGAGCUGUCGGGUUUAUCAGCAGCCAUCAGCCACUUCCUCAAUUGCUUUCUAAGCUCCUUUCCAAACCCCAUUGCCCAUCUUCCAGCUGAUGAGCUGGUCUCCAAGAAGAAGAAUAAGAAAAGGAAAAACAGGAACCUUGGAAAUGCUGAUAACACUGCGUGGGCCAGCAUGACCCCUCAGGAGCUUUGGAAGAAUAUUUGUUCGGAAGCAAAGAACUACUUUGAUUUUGAUCUUGAAUGUGAGAAUGCUGACCAAGCAGCUGAAGUAUAUAAUCUACAGAAAAUCACCCUCCUUCGUGAAAUCUCCCUCAAAACUGGAGUCCAAAUACUGCUGAAAGAGUACAACUUCGACAACCGGCACAAACCCACCUUCACAGAAGAGGAUAUUCUCAACAUCUUCCCUGUAGUGAAGCACGUAAACCCCAAAGCCUCAGAUGCUUUCCACUUCUUCCAGAGCGGGCAAGCAAAAGUUCAGCAAGGUUUCUUGAAGGAGGGCUGUGAGCUCAUCAAUGAAGCCUUAAACUUGUUUAAUAAUGUGUAUGGUGCUAUGCAUGUAGAAAUCUGUGCCUGCCUGAGGCUGCUAGCUCGUCUCAACUAUAUCAUGGGAGACUAUUCAGAGGCCUUAAGUAAUCAGCAGAAAGCGGUGCUAAUGAGUGAGAGGGUCCUGGGUAUUGAACAUCCCAACACGAUUCAAGAAUAUAUGCACCUUGCUCUGUACUGCUUUGCAAACAGCCAGCUCUCUACAGCAUUAAACUUACUGUACCGUGCACGCUACCUCAUGCUGUUGGUGUUCGGGGAAGAUCACCCAGAAAUGGCGCUCUUAGAUAACAACAUCGGCUUGGUGCUCCAUGGAGUUAUGGAGUACGACCUGUCUCUCCGGUUCCUGGAGAAUGCCCUGGCCAUCAGCUCCAAGUAUCACGGCUCCAAGUCCUUGAAAGUUGCACUAAGUCAUCACUUGGUCGCCCGAGUGUACGAGAGCAAAGCAGAAUUCCGCUCGGCUCUGCAGCACGAGAAGGAAGGCUACACGAUCUACAAAAACCAGCUUGGAGAACACCAUGAAAAGACCAAAGAGAGCUCCGAGUACUUGAAAUACCUGACUCAGCAAGCAGUCGCUCUGCAACGCACAAUGAACGAGAUCUACAAGAAUGGAUCCAACGCGAACAUUAUGCCACUGAAGUUCACAGCUCCCAGUAUGGCCAGCGUCCUGGAGCAGCUCAACAUCAUCAAUGGGAUUCUCUUCAUUCCACUAAGCCAAAAAGACUUGGAGAACCUUAAAGCAGAGGUGCAGCGGCGCCAGCAGCUCCAAGAAAGCAUAAAGAGCGGUGAACAGCUGGAGCCUGAGGACAAAGCCCUGGAGGAGAAAGAGGCUGCGCCCAGCAUGCCUUCUGCUGCCAUCCCCCUAACACAGAGCUCUGCUUAAUGUACCUCGCUUAAACAAAAAAAAACAAAAAAAACAAAAAAAAGUUUAAACCACCCUUUUCUGAACCUGAACUAGGGUCUUGGACUCCCCUGGAGCAGCUCCUCCUUUUUUUGACAAUGUUAUUGCACUGGUACAAUUAAUACACAAUGCAAAGAACUAAUCUGAGAAAUGUAAUGUGUCUGAGUGAGCGUGUGUC